UGCAGCUUGGACUUCCGCGUGCAACACCUGCACGCACGAGUCUGACGCCUCUCCUCAGCUCACUAGACCGAUUCCAGCUCCUCUCAAUCCCUCUGCUACCCAUCCUCCAUUACCGCCGGCUCAAACGGAGCCCCAUCCCACAGCCGCCGCUCCUUCGCCGCCGGCAGCAGCCGAUCAGACCUCCACCGACCAGCUCCCCGCAACCCCAACAGCCGACCUUGCUCCCGACGUGGAAUACACUAAGCCUUUGCCCUCUUUCCAUAGAAAGGUGGAAGCGGAUGAGAACCUCGGGAAUGUUCUCUAGUCGGAGAUCGAAUGCGCCCAGGGAACUGAAGAGCACGGCCGGGAAGUCGAUGCUCCAGAAGAUUUUCCCUUUGAAAUCAUUGAUAAAUUCGACGAUCAAAUAAUCAUUCUUAAGCGUGAAUUUGCUAGUGAGAGCAUCCAGGCUACAGUAUAUAUGAAUGUUGAUAGGGAAGAAAUGAGCAAGGAUGAUGAAGAUGAUUGCAAGGUUGAUCAGAAGAUGUCAGAAAAUGACGAUGAAGAUGAGGGGAAGGAUUUCCGGUGGUCGCCAGAUCCAGGAGGAACCAUUCAGCUGUCGCUCCCACUCAGUGUAGCAUCAACGCCUCCGCUCAUACAGGAUCGGUUUCCCCGCUUUCUUGACUUCUCUGCAGCGAAGACAGAGAACCCACUCUGCUCUCGCCAUUUUGCGCCAGGUAUUGAGCUCCAUCUCUCACAACCAGAUUCCAGUAUUGCCGCCUGCUUCAACUCCGUCGUGAUGUCAUUCCGUGAUGUCAUUUCCUGGACUGCCAUGCUAAUGGCUUAUGCUGAUAAUGGCAAGAUCUCCAAAGCACGUGAAGUGUUUGAAUAAAUGCCAAAGAGAAAUGCUGAUUCAUGGAACACCAUGAUCUCAGCCUGUGCAAGAGAUCCAAAGUUUCUUAAGGAGUCUUAUGAGUUGUUCUCUGCAGUGCCUUACAUGAAUAGUGUUACCUAUGCUGCAAUGAUCACUGGUUUUUCUAGGGGAGGAAUGCUUUUACAGGCUAAAGAAAUAUACUGGAGGAUGCCACCUGAAAU